GUCCACGAUGCAGAGUCACUCCAGCAACGAGGGAUGUGAGAGACCUUGAAGUCAAGGAAAAUUCAGUGCCAGAGCCCUUUUGAAAGGCGGACUGAUUGGGAUACUUAGUGCCAACGCAUGAGCAAAGGCUUGAAGCAGGAGGAUCGUGAUCUUCCUGGGCAUAACCGACAAGACGAGCACAAAAACUCUCGGAAACUCUGUCCUUAAAGCGGUCGCUCCAGCGUCGCUUGAUUCUGUCCUAGAAGGGCUCGCCCACGUGAGAAAAUCUCGCCCUUUGAUUCGGGCAUAUCAACGCUCGGUACCCCUGAAUCUAGCGCCCUUCUGGGCCUCAGCUUCGUCAUCUAAGAUCGUGGUCGAGUGCGAGGGCUGAGUGGCAGGUUGGGAGGGCUCAAGCGCCGCAUUCACUGGUCUCUGCGGGACGUCACUGGUGAGGUUCUAUGGCGUCUGGCGCAGUGCUCUUCAAGGCGGCCGGGGCGAAGCCUUUAUGUUCGUGCGGGCAGGCAGGCAAUGCCCCUGCAACGCCCCGGCGAUCUGCGUUCAGGGCACUUCCUCGCCCUCUGUUUGAGGGAUCGAGGCUGGGCCGGUUCCACCCCGAGUACAGGGUGGGGUCGGGACUGAGGCGCCUCUCGCCGAGGGCAGAGACCCCCCAGGGAAGAGCAGAGUCCGCUGGGAGUCCCACUGGGGAUGACAGUAAGCCUCAGGUGCUCAAGGCACAGGCCCUCAAGCUGAGUAUCGAGCGUGUGGAGAAGAGGAUUGAUCGUGUGGAGAACCAGAUCGACGCUGUAGCUGCGGCUGCGGCUGCGGCUGCGGCUGAUGGCAAGAGCACAGAGUUGUUGCAGCAGGAGAAGGUCGCGCUGCAGCAGGAGAAGGCCGCGCUCGAGCAGCGACUGACCGCGCUCGUGCAGGCAGAGCUGGGAAAUCUGAAGCUGCAGCAGACACCAGCGGCGGCGGCCCCAGACCCUGCAGUCCUGGAGGGGCUCCAGAAGUACGCUGAGUUCAUUGCGCGAGCGGACACUGCCAGUGGAGUCAUACAGAUCCCGCCCGAGCUUAGGGUCAGAUUGCCGCCAGGCCUGCGGAAAAGCAUUGUCAUCCGGGAGUGCUACCGCACGGUACUGACGAAGCUCGAGGCUCUUGGGGACAACUUUGCGGUGGUCCUGAGUGGCACCCCGGGCAUCGGAAAGUCUGCCUUUGCAGUCCUCCUCCUGCACCACUUAGCAGGGCAGGGGGCACAAGUGGCAUACAGGUACAAGGAUCAGGCUACACAGGACACCAUCAUCUUCUUCGAUUUUUCAGAUCCUUCCGCCAUCAACGUAAAAUGGGCUUCUGAAAGCGCUGCUGACUUCCCAUCCCUUGAAUCUCUCUCUUCGCGCCCCACUGUCUGGCAAGUGAUAGAUGGACGAGCACCCCCUCACACGCAGUUCCGGGGUUAUGGUCGCUGCGUGGUACUGUGCUCGCCCAACAGAGACAACUACUGGGAGUUCCGCAAGGGAGAGAGAUGCUUCCUGUGGUGGCUGCCAGUGUGGACGCUGAAGGAGCUGGAGGACUGCCGGGAGCACCUCUACGACCAGGUGUCGCAAGAGCAGAUGGAGAAGCGCGUGGAGGAGUUUGGCGGGCUCGUCAGGCACGUCUUGGCGAACCCUAUCCUGUCUUUCGACGACAUCGCGCGCACGCUGGAUGCUGACCAGGCCGUGGAGCUGUACAAUCUGAGCGCCCAGUCUUCGGACAGUGAAGUGCGGCACAUCUUCGCACACAUCGAGGCGACAGAAGACCUUGAGUGGGUCGGGUACACCCUCGGUUCGCAACGGAUCAAAGAGCUCGUCUACCAGAAAGCUAAGCUCGGCCGGUGGCGGGACCUGACGGAGAUGCUGCGCGCUGCAGCUGAGGAGCCGACCUUGGGCAAGAUGACCGGGGAUCUUCUAGAGCAGUACGGGCAUGACAUGUGUCAGCAGGGCAUAGCGCUAGAUCCCGAGGAUGUAAAGGAGGUGUCCAAGGGGACAGUGGGUCGGCCACGAACGGAGACAGAAGCGGAGGAGAGGCAGAGGGAGCAAGCGAUCAAGGAGAUCCGGGAUGCGUUUGGGGGCAGCAAAGAAAAGAAGUACGACGCAUCAAGCGAAGGAAUCGACUUGGCGAAGCUGGUGCGGACGUAUGUAAAGCCGUUGGUAAAAGUGCAGGAGUCUUGGGAUUCACUAGUCUGCUCGGGCGACGGCUGGGUCAACGCUGUCCAGUUUACGCGCAACGUCCAGCAUCGAACCAGUGCGGAAGGGAUGCGGCUGCUGGUGGAGCGCGCCAGCGCAAGCGGAGUGAAGGUUCGAUUAGUGCAUGUGGUGCCGACAGAGAGGUUUGAUGAGUACGGAUGGCAAUCUUGGUCCAAGGGCAAGAAAGUUCUAAGAGAUGAGGAAGUCCCUGCCGUGCUCAAAAGCAUAAAGCAAUGGGUUGUUCGUUUGAAGCUUCCUCCUGCAGGUAGUUGAGCAUCAUUGCCACUAGUGCUCGUGCCCGAGUGAUCGGGUAAGCGCAAAUGUACAGCGGUGCGACCUAACUGGCACGUUUCCAAGCGAACACUCCCCAUUGCGAUAAAAAGAAAAGAUUAUGGUACAAGUUGUCUUGGCUUUACUUGUAAAUCAGCCAGCAGCUUCGAAACAAUUUAUAGCUGGACUUGGACUUUGGAUAGCAGAAUGAGCUGCCAUGUCAUCGUCUGCUUGCAGAAGCAACUGAGCAAUUGAUCCUUCGGAGCUUUCCUGCCUACACAUUGAGCUAGUCAGCAUUGUGCAAUCACUUAUUGCAAAUUUUCGAGGUACAGGGUUUGUAGU